GAUAUUAUGAAAUACCAUCUGUGGUAUCUGAAGUGACAUAUAUGUCAUUGUAAUGUCAAAAUUGUCAAUUGUCAUAUGUUAAUGCUCGUAGAGUUAAGUCGUUUCUGUGCUAUUAGUGAUUUUUUUAUUAUCUUAAUAUUUAAUUUAUGAGUAUCUUAUCCCGCUUGUCCAUUUUUAUAUCAUAUAUGUAACGAUUGUAUGAUGGACGAUUCUAGAACAUAUGGAUACCAGGAUGGGGGACCGAUCAGUCCACCUCAGCCGCCUUUUGGAAAUAAUCCGGCGCAGUACAAAUUCUCUCAAGACGAGCUUCGUGUGUUGACUGAAUGUAACCGGGAGAGUUUUGUGAAAAGAUCGCUUCCAAUUGGGGCAGCGCUUGGAUUGGGCACUUACGCCGCAGUGCAGUCAGGUCGCUUAAAGCCAAAUGCGAGGUUUGGUGCCUUCCCCAAGAUAUCCCUGGCAGUGGUGGUAGGUUAUUUUAUUGGCAAACUGUCGUAUCAGCAGGCAUGCGCUGAGAAGCUGAUGGCCCUGCCUGGCAGCUACAUUGGACAACUCCUCCGAGACAGGCGGGAAGGAAAGAUUGGAGGGACAUUUUUGCCAAGUCAAACACCUUCAAUGUUCGGUGCAAGCCCUGGUGACAUCUACUCAGAUGCUGGACCGGGCAGCUCGCUGAACUUGGACACCGACCGUCCACUGUUCAAUGACGACACCUACCGGCCCGAUACUGACGGAUCCAGUCUGCCUCCUCAAGAGUCGGCACCGGCGCGCCCCAACCUCUCGUACGAAGACUUACGACGCAAGAACCGUACUGACUACUCGGAGACCAGACAAGAUCCUUACAGGGUCGAUCCAAAUGUAUCGCCGGCGGCCCACCGUCCUCGGCCUCCGCCGCCGUCAGCGCCACAGUCACCGCCUCCGGCCACCAACAAAUAUGGUGAUGUCAUGGAGUAGCCAUCGAUUACCAGAAUCGGGUCAUAGAACUGAACGAGGUCUCAGUGGCCCAAAUAGCACACAACUAAUACGGCACCUCGUAUAGUAUAACGUCAUAAAAAUUAGUUUAUUCAAAUUUGGACUUAUCUAUCUUAUAAAGAACGUUCAGAAUUAAGAAUCGCAGUGUCUGUUACUAAAAAUAAUUUAAAAAUUUA